AAAUUUCGAGGAGGAGUCAAAAAAUAAAAAAUCGUCCAUUUAGCAUGGCGUACUCAAAUCUGGGAUAUCAGCAGCAGCUAGUUUGACAUCCAUGUUGAAUCAUCGCUUUGUCUGAAGCUUUCAUUUGCCGCAAAAAUAAUGUAAAUACCGCUAUUUUCAUCGCCAUCUGAUUUCAUCCUAAAAUUCCGGUGCAUUAUUUAUAAUUAUAAACAUGAGUGGUGGUAUUCCAUAUUUAGGGAGUAAAAUAAGCCUAAUAUCGAAAUCUGAAAUUCGCUAUGAAGGCAUUUUGUAUACAAUUGAUACCAAAGAAUCAACUGUUGCCCUUGCUAAAGUGAAGUCCUUUGGUACUGAAGACAGGCCAACAGAACGUCCAGUUGCUCCUAGAGAUGAAGUCUAUGAAUAUAUCAUAUUUAGAGCUAGUGACAUAAAAGAUCUUCAUGUUUGUGAGCCUCCAAAGCCUCAACAAACUUUGAAUAGUGGUCUUCCUAAUGAUCCAGCUAUUGUACAGCAUUCUGCACCUGUACCUUCUGCUUCAAAUUCAUUUAAUCAGUCUGGCAGUUCUUUUGGUCCUAUAGGAGCUCUACCCUCUCAGAAUUAUACACAAUCUAAUUUACAGCACAUUCCACAGCCAUUCACCACUGCCAGUUCCCAGCAAUCUGAUUCUAGAUCAGAAACUCCUACUCCCACUCCACAACAAAGAAAGAGUCCUUCUCUUGAUGCCAGCUUACAGAUUUCUCCUCCUACCUCUAAUCAUUUGUCUGAUCGCUCUCAGAGACAGCAGGGCAGAGGUCAACAGCAUUCUCAGAGGCAAACAAAUCGGAGGUCUACAAGUCAAGGACGCAGGCAAGAGCAGCAACAGCGACAACAUCCGCAACAACGUUCUCCUCAGCGUGGCAGAAAUCAGAGAAGAGGUCGCCAGGGUGGCAGAAACCGCCAGAAUUUUGGUCGAUCCAAGGGAGGUGUGUUAGACUUUGAAGGUGAAUAUGAUUUUGAACAAGCCAAUGCAGAGUUUCAGGAAUUAGAGGGCAAGCUUGCGAAGAUAAAAAUUGGUGAUCAAGAUGAACCAUCAAAGUCUCCAACAUCCAAUUCUCUCGUUGAUUCGACUGAAGAAAAAGAAAAGGAUGCGUUGUGGAAUGACGAGAAUGGGGGAGAUGUUGAAGGAGAGGACAGCGAGAAUAAAGCGGCUUUUUACAACAAGUCUAAAUCCUUCUUUGACAACAUAAGUUGUGAAGCAGUUGAAAGAAGCAAAGGUAAUAUUCAUCGUCACGACUGGCGUCAAGAGCGAAAACUGAAUGUAGAAACGUUUGGUGUGUCUGCUAACAACAAUUGGAUGAGGCGAAAUGGGUGGCGUGGAAGAGCCAACUACCGAAGUCGAGGCUAUAUGCCCCGCAGGGGUGGUGGAGGAUAUAGGGAUAACAGAGGAAUGUCGUAUGGUGAUCGUCAAAAUCUACUUUCUUCUAGUGCGAAUCUUCAAAAUCGGUGAAAAUUGAAACUCCAGAAUUGUAACAUUAUAAUUUGUGUUUUCGAGUGGAAAAUCAUUCUCUAUGGUUAAUUACAUGUGUAAAAAUUUAUACAAUCAAGCAUAAAUGGACCUGAUAUUUUUAAUGCUUUGAUUAUCUUUCAUUUAAUAACUAUUCAAUAGUUUAAUGUCAUAUUUUUAAUAAUGAGGUUACUUAGAUAAUGUUUUAAAAAUAGAACAUAAAUAGAUGGUUUGGUUCUUUUUUUUUUACUACCCUUUUUUUUUUCUAUCCAAUUCUAGGCAUGUAAAAUAUUUUAAUGAUAUAGUGUAUUGCCUUUAGUUCGAACUUUUAGAUCAGUUUUUAAAAGUUUUAAAACUUAAAAUAAGUAUACAUUUUUUAAAAAUAAUUGAGUGUAUAUUUUAUGCUUUAUUUCUUGAUUGUAUCUUUUUAAAAAUGGUUUUAAAAAGAGUUUAAAAUAUUAAAAAAAAAAACAUGCCUAAAAUUUUCUUUUGGUCUAGCUAUUUUCGAAAACUAUGUAUAAUUUAAGUAUAAACAUUGAUUUAGAGCUUUCCUUUUUAAUUUAGACUUUUCAUUUGUUUGUUUUUGAUGUUUAAUUUAAACUUACUAUUUUGAAUGUUAUGAGAUGGAUAAGUUAACAAGAAUAAAAAUAAAAACAAGCUUUUAAUUGUAGAUAAGUUCAUUUGCUACAGAAGUACCUUGUGUAUUAUCAAGGUGAAAUGUAUAAUAUAUAAAGAAAAGAAAAAUGUGCUUAAGUUUUGCUAUUCUUUUUUAUGUUUUAAUUGUAUUUCAUUUAAUUUCCCAGCUGAACUCUUUUUUUUCUUCAUUGUUAGUCUUUGUAGAUUACUGACGCACAUGUAGCAUUUUUUGAUUAUCUUUUUUAAAAGAAAAUAAUGAAUGGACUGAAAUGUAUUUUUUUAUCAAUAAAUAUGUAACCUAUGUAAAAUAUUGUUAGUUUUUGGCCUAUGAAAAUUAUCUAUUGUGAAAAUUCUUGUUUCUUAUGUAAAAAAGUGAGUUUUGGGAAUCUAAAUGUGCAGUGAAUUCAAGUCAUGAUUUCACUUACUUGUAGCUCACUUUUUUUAUUUCAUUUCAAAGUAUAAAUCAAUUUAAAAAAAUUGAAAUAAAUGUUUACUCUUAAA